AUGGGUAACUUACCAGCAAUACGGGUGACCCCAUCACGACCGUUUGCUCACACCGGCGUGGACUACACCGGCUACGUAGACGUCAAACUGAAUCGCGGAAAAGGAGUAAAAGUAACGAAGGGCUACAUUGCCAUAUUUGUGUGUCUGUCGACUAAAGCGGUUCACAUAGAACUUGUGUUGGACCUCAGUUCACAGGCUUUCAUCGCAGCCCUUAAACGACUAUGUGCUAGAAGAGGCACGCCGAAACAUCUAUAUUCCGAUAAUGGAACAAAUUUCACAGGAGCUGCGAAACUGCUGUAUGAAGAAUUUCAACAGUAUAAAACAAUGACAUCAACAGACUUUUUCGAUAAACUAAACGAACUUCAUAUCGAAUGGCAUUUCAUCGCCCCGCGAUGGCCAACAGCAGGUGGAAUCUGGGAAGCGGCGGUGAAGUCGAUGAAAUAUCAGUUUAUGAGAGUCAUAGGUGAUCAAAAACUAGACUUUGAACAGUUAACUACCCUGCUGGCACAAAUAGAGGCGUGCAUGAACAGCCGCCCUCUUUGUCCACUUACGGAAGACCCUGAGGACUUGCAGUACCUUACGCCUGGUCACUUCCUAGUUGGAAGCCCAAUGAUGUCACUGCCCCAGGAAAACCAAACUGGGUCCAAACUGGAUCUACGAAACAGAUGGAAGAUUGUAGAGAUGAUGCAUCAACAUCUGUGGAAGAGAUGGUCAAACGAAUAUCUCCAUCAACUGCAAACCAAAAGCAAAUGGCUACAACCAAAACCGAACCUAACCUAG